CGCCUGCAAGGUGCUUGAACUCUAAGGACUUGACGGAGUCAUUGGACAUGGACUCAGUGGAUGAAUAAAUCACAGUCGAUAGCGAUAUUUUUUCCUGUCACUCAGUUUAUUGUUAUUUUUUGGUAAAAGUCCGAUGGACUGAGCAUUUUUACCCAAUAAUAUACACGCACAGAGGAAUGAAUGAAUAGCUUAUUGUUUCGGAUAAUUUAGACAGGGCUUGGAAAUCUCACAAUGAGGCUGAAAUCAUCGAGGUUACGCUACAUAUUACUUCAAUUUAUCACCCUGUGUUUUUACACCCAAAUGACGAUGCAGUCCAUCUCUUUACCCAAUUUUAAGCACCAUGUAACAGAGCAGAGUCGUCUGUCGGACAGGAUGAGUCGGAGACUAACAAGGACUUAUCAGCUCUAUAGCCGGACUAGUGGUAAACAUGUACAAGUCCUGGGCAAUAAGAGAGUAAACGCCAACGGCGAGGAUGGAGAUAUUCAUGCUAAACUCGUUGUGGAAACCGACACAUUUGGAAGCCGGGUUCGAAUCAGAGGAGCAAAAACAGCCUACUACAUUUGCAUGAACAAGAGAGGCAAGCUUAUUGGACGGAGGAAGGGCCGUGGCAGGGACUGUAUAUUCACCGAGAUUGUUCUGGAAAAUAACUACACGGCUUUGCAGAACGCUAAGUACAAAGGCUGGUACAUGGCCUUCACACGCAAGGGUCGACCUAGGAAAGCCACGCAGACCCGGCAGCAUCAACGAGAGACCCAUUUCAUGAAACGUCUUCCUCGAGGACACCUGUUGACAGAACAGAAGACUUUUGAUUUAAUCCCAUAUCCUUCAAACAAGAGGACUAAGCACCAUCAGCGCACACGCGUGAAUUGAGGGCAGAAUUGUAACAUACAUCAGAGUGCUAUCUUAAUUUGAGUUUAUCUAAUCUAUGUGCAUCCAGAGUUACUGGACAUCACGCCGAACUGAUGAUGUGUAAAAAUGUAGGAGUCUACACAGGCUCAGAUCUGAGAUGAAUCACAGUAUGAAAGACAGUCUGUUCUGGGAUAAUUACUGAACUGUUGACUGAACAGAGGACACUGUAAGCCUUGUAGUAAUGAGCAACACAUUUCUGGGAAUGAAGGAAGACAACAGAACACACAACACAUAUUCAGGUGCUUCUCAAUAAAUUAGAAUGUCGUGGAAAAGUUAAUUUAUUUCAGUAAUUCAACUCAAAUUGUGAAACUUGUGAUAAAUAAAUUCAGUGCACACAGACUGAAGUAGUUUAAGUCUUCGGUUCAUUUAAUUGUGAUGAUUUUGGCUCACAUUUAACAAAAACCCACCAAUUCACUAUCUCAACUAACUAGAAAAAUCAUUUUUAGUUAACUGUUGGCCAUCUGGAAAGUAUGUUCAUUUACUGUACAUGUACUCAGUACUUGGUAGAGCUCUUUUUGCUUUAAUUACUGCCUCAAUUCUGUGUGGAGGUUAUCAGUUUGUG